GCAAGAGCAAGAUCAAGAUCAAGAUCGGCAGAGGCGCUAAUCUUUAGAGGCGACAAAAUGAUGUUCGAGAGCAGCCAAUUCGACUCCACGCCCGGCUUCGUCUCUUCGCAGACCGCCGAUCCAUCUCCCUCCUCUGCCAAGACUCGAGAUGCCCAGCCGAUGUAUCCGGUAACGGUGAAGCAAAUCGUGGAGGCGACUCCAUCGGACGGCGACAAGUCGGAUAUCCUCAUCGACGGCAUCAGCGUCUACAAUGUGAAAUUGGUGGGAAUGGUAUUUGACAAAACAGCAAAGGUUACUGAUGUAUCAUUCGUGAUUGAUGAUGGUACAGGGCGUAUUGGCUGCAAGAGAUGGGUUAAUGAUGCACAGGACACUCAGGAAGUGGAGGAAUUAACAGAUGGGAUUUAUGUACGAGUUCAUGGCCAUUUGAGCAGUUAUAAAGGGAAAAAGGAAAUUGUUCUUUAUGCCAUCAGGCCCGUGAAAGGUUACAAUGAGAUCGCAUACCAUUUCGUUGAAUGUGCUCAUGCUCACUGUACAAACACCAAAUUACAGAAGAAUGGUUCUGUUACUUUAGCUUCGUCAACUGCCACUACUCCUAACAAUGGGCAGCAAGCCAUCACGUCAAGUCAAGUUUCUCAAGACCACAGCAUGGAUGGACUAGGGAGCAUCGACAAGAUGGUUUUGGACUAUCUCCAACUGCCCACAUCUAAUGCAAAGGAACAGGGCAUCCAUCGGAAUGAAAUCGCUCAAAAACUAAAAAUCUCCCAGGAAAAGAUUGCAGAAACAAUGGAAUCUCUUGAAUCAGAAGGGCUGGUGUACUCAACCAUUGACGAAUUCCACUACAAGUCAGUCUCAGCAUGAGUUUGGAUUUGGUCUAAAGCAUAGUAUUAUUCUAAGUUUGUGAAGAACACUUAAUUCUAGCUUUUGAAGAAUGAAGAUUGUUAACUACUGGGACUAGUCUAUGAUGACGCUUGCUUCUAUUAUAUCUAAAUGCUAAUUCUCGUUUUAGCAA